CCGGCGAUUCCAUCUCGACACACGACCCAACCUUCAUCCCGAUCACCAACGGUCCUUUGCAAACGAGCGUAAUCGCACGCGCGUGAGAAAAAAAAAGAGAGGGAAGACAAGAGAAGGAGAGACAGGGACAAGAACCUCCCACGCGUUCUUUCUUUCGUUCUCCGAUCGAUCGCGAAGUUCGCGCGAACCGGUGAGAGCCGAUCCGCGAGACAAGGAGCAAGACAAGCCGAGAAGAGAUCGUCCCGCUGUGCCCAACGUCGACUCGACUGGCAAGAGUUCUUCCACGUUCCACGGAGGAGAGAAAAAAAAACCUACAUAUCACAAUGAUAAAAUUCACUGUGGUAACGAUGGUAUGUCUUUUGGGGCUGAAAAUGAUCGCUGCCAUGCCAGUGGCCGAUCAUCACGAGGGCCACCCUCCGCAGCCAGUGGCCGAUCAUCACGAGGACCACGUUCCGCAGCCAAUUGAUGAGAAGACCGCGGUGAAAUCUCUGAAGGCGGCGGAGACGGCCGUGCAGAGCAGCCUAUCCGAAUCUGUAGCAGCUAGCCAACCAGCACAAGCAGCGGCUGAACAACCCGCUGCGGUUAACGAGCCUGCCGUGAGGAGCAGCGAAUCUGCUAGCGACGAAGCCAAGCCGGCCGAGGCGAAACAGGACGAGCCAUUGCAACCACAGCAGCCGACAGCAGCGGUGUCCGAGGAGGCUCAGGCGCAGCCCAAGUCCUCCGAGGAACAACUCGAGGAGAAGGAAGAGCCGAAAGUAUUGGCCACCGAAAAGAAACAAGAGCCAGAGACCCUGAAGGAAGCGGCAUCCGAGACGAAAGAAUCCGUGCAGCUCGCGCCGCAGGAACAACCGGCUGAAAUCCCAGCAGAAAAGAAAGAGGAAAACGUAGCCGUCGAAAGUAAAAGCGCGGAGCAGGCGGUCGAACCUGCGGCCGAGAAGCCUGUAGCCAUCGAGAAACGCGCUGAUGGCGCUGCUGAGAAGAAGAUCGCUGUUGACGAAGAGCCGAAAGAGGAGAAGAAGCUGGAGGAGCCGGUACAGCCAGCUGCGAAAAAGGAAGAGGAAAUUCCCGCGGUCGCUGCCACCGAGGAAAAGAAGGUUGAAUCGAAAGCCGAACUACCGAAGGAAUCUGAAGGUCACUCGCUCGCCCACGCCAAGAUCGAUGACAAGCCCGACCGUGUGACCCGCGAUGCCGAGGAAUCCGCUGCGCCCGCCGCCGCUGCCGCCGCCGUCGCCGCCGCUGCAGCAGCUCCCGCUGCAGCAGCAGCUCCUGCCGCUCAGGAACCUGUUCAGGUGCAGGAGAAAUCCGCGCCUAUCGCCGAGGCCGAGCAAAACGCAGCGCAAGCAGCCGCGCCGGUAGAGGAGCCGAAACCAGCUGAGAAGAGCGAGAAGAUCGAAAAGAGCGAACAGCUGGAGACAGCACCCGCCGAGCAGCCAGCUGUCAAAGUCGAGGAACCGGCCAAAAGCGAGGAGAAGGUUGCUGAAGUAGCUGCUGAGAAAGAGGCCGAAAAAGAACCGAAGAGUGCCGACUCUCCUGUCCAACAAGUGGAAGCGGCGAAGGAACAACAGCUCGCACAGCCUCAGGAGUCCAGCCAGAUCAAACGAGAUGCGGCGGAAGCGCCGGAGCAGCCUCAGGCCAAGUCGGACCUUCCGGCCGCUGAGGAGCAACAGCAGCAGCAGCAGCAGCUGGCCCAACAACAGCAACCACAACAGCAACUGCAGGAAAUCGCUAAAGAGGUGAAGGAACGCUCCGACGAUUCCUCCGAAGAGAAGUCCUCCGAGGACAGCAAGGAGGACACCAAGAGCAGCGAGGAGGAAAAGUCUUCCGAGGAGCAGAAGAACGCCAAACCGAAGCUCGGGGAAUUGCUCCCGAAACCCGAGCAGUAAAUCUUGGCACGGGGAGGGUUUGAUUGAUGAGUAACCUCAGCAGCGCGGCAGCAACAGCAGCAGCAGCAUCAUCUCGAGGAGAAGAAGAAGGAAGUAAACUGCUCCUCGGGACGAGCUCAGGCAUCGACGUCUCUAGCCACCGGGACGUGGGCACGAGUUCGUCGCGAGAAAACUGGAGCAGAAGUGAGAAAGAAAGAUGUAUGUAUGUGUGUCUGUGUGUGAGUGUGGGGGUGUGUGUGUGUGUGUGUGUGUGUGUGUGUGUGUGUGUGUGUGUGUGCGCAUACGUAUGUAUGUUGUGAAAGAGCGAGAAUGCGAAUGCCAGGAUAAGAAGCACUCUCAGCGAUAAAUCCAGAAAAUGUGAAAAUACUGCACAGUGUGAAUGUCGGAGAAAGAGAAAAAUAAAGAGAGAGGGCGAGAGAAAGAGAGAGAAAGAGAGAGUGCGAAAGAGCGAUCCCAUCGACCCCCAUCAAUCUUUCUAUAGGGUACGGUUAUCUGAUCUUCGACGGCGCACUACGAUCUCGGUAGCGCAUUUCCGGGAGCGCAGGACGAUCGCGUGUUACCGAAUGCUGCGACACGUGAGCGAACGACACCGUGUAUCGAUCGUAUCUUCGGUACGUGGUGAUCGACGCCCGUGAUCCGGUGGCGUCCCGGUGAACAUCGCAAGAUGGCAGACGGAGAACACGCGGCGGUCCAUCACAGAAUGCCGGCUCGGCCUGGCUCCGAGUCGGCAUUCUCGUUCGUCCCGGUGGACAUCGCGAUCUGUCCGCGGGGACGAACUCUGCUCCCCCCCCCUCUCCUUCCCCCCCCAUUCAAUAUCUUUCAUUCCCUUUAUGGAACUCCCAUCCCUUGCGUCCCAUCCGAGAAUGACA